AUGAACAAUCAAGUUCUAAUAGUGGGAUCCAGGAAGACCAAAAAGCUUACAAUAGCCAAGAAGAUUUUCCAUGCUUCAAAACUAGACCAUUAUGCAAGUCACAGUGGUAUCAUAAUCACUGGGUUGCCUGUAGAGACCAGAUACUACAAAGCUGAGGUAAGAUUAUUCAUAGAUGAGGUUUCGGAGAGUAAAUUUGCAGGAUAUCAAGAAUGGUUUGAACAAUUUCAAGACACAGAUAUGAAAGAGUUGAGGGACAGCAUAGGGGGGUUGAUAAUUACUGUUGAUAUGAAAUGUUUGGAUAAUGAUUUGAGUAAAUUCAGUGAGCAAUUGGAACAAAUAACCGGCCAAAUGGACGAUGAAUUUCUUGAAGGGAGCGAAGAUGACAAAAAGUUUCAAUGGGAAGGAUUCAAAGUGGUCAUAGGGGUAAAAAAUGGGGAAUAUGCCAUUGCUGAAGCACAAAUGAGUGAUAUAGAGUACAGUAUUUUGGCAGCAGGAUUCCUUUUCAUCAGCGUGAAUGAAAAUAAUGAGGGACUUGAACAGCUUGUAAGCGUGAUUGAGAAUAAUCAAUGGCCAAGUAUGGAAAGAAAGAGUAUUACAAAGCCGCAGAUCAAAAUUGAAGAUAAUUCUCAAGAAUUGGGUAUUCUACUAGAGAGAAUUCGCAGGGCCAAAUUACUGGCCUCGUCAAUCGAUGAUAAAGAGCGAAAAGAGACGUAUGCGAAGACAGCUAUGGAAGAGUUAAUGAAAGAUUUAUGA